UCCCCGCCGGCCCCGCCGUUCACACAGCCCCUCGCUCUGCUCCCGGCGGCGGCUCCCGGCGGCGGCUCCCGGCUCCCGGUCGGACGCCCGCGGGACAGUUAUCUUUUCGGAAAGAUGGUUCUUCAUUUGAACUCCUUUUUUGUCUUCCCUGUAAUACUCCUGUACCACUGGAUGGGCCCAACGUUAUCUUUGAAUCUGGAAGAUCCUAACGUGUGUAGCCACUGGGAAAGUUACUCAGUUACAGUGCAAGAGUCAUAUCCGCAUCCUUUUGAUCAAAUCUACUACACCAGUUGUACUGACAUCCUAAACUGGUUUAAGUGCACACGACACAGGAUCAGUUACCGUACUGCCUACAGACAUGGUGAAAAAACAAUGUACAGGCGCAAAUCCCAGUGCUGCCCUGGAUUUUAUGAAAGCAGGGAAAUGUGUGUCCCUCAUUGUGCUGAUAAAUGUGUCCACGGUCGUUGUAUAGCUCCGAACACCUGUCAGUGUGAGCCUGGCUGGGGAGGACCCAACUGCUCCAGUGCAUGUGACAGUAACCACUGGGGACCCCACUGCAGCAGCCGCUGCCAGUGCAAGAAUGGGGCGCUGUGCAACCCCAUCACGGGCGCCUGUCACUGCACCUCGGGGUUCAAGGGCUGGCGCUGUGAGGAGCGUUGCAACCCCGGGACCUAUGGCAACGACUGCCACCAGAAAUGCCAGUGCCAGAACGGAGCCACCUGCAACCACAUUACCGGGGAAUGCAGGUGUCCGCCGGGAUACACCGGAGCCUUCUGUGAGGAUCUCUGUCCCCCCGGGAAGCACGGCCCACAGUGUGAGGAGAGGUGCCCGUGCCAGAACGGAGGCGUCUGUCACCACGUCACUGGGGAGUGCUCCUGCCCGCCAGGAUGGAUGGGCAUGGUCUGUGGUCAGCCUUGUCCUGAGGGUCGUUAUGGGAAGAACUGUUCCCAGGAGUGCCAGUGCCACAAUGGAGGGACCUGUGACUCAGCCACAGGCCAAUGCCACUGCAGCCCAGGUUACACAGGGGAAAGAUGCCAAGAUGAGUGUCCAGUGGGGACUUACGGAGUGCAUUGCGCAGAGACCUGCAAGUGUGUGAAUGGUGGGAACUGUUACCAUAUUAGUGGUGCCUGUCUCUGUGAACCAGGAUACACUGGAGAGCACUGUGAAACAAGGCUUUGCCCUGAGGGAAUUUAUGGUCUCAAGUGUGAUAAAAAGUGUCCUUGCCACAUGCCCAAUACCUGGAGCUGUCACCCCAUGUCUGGGGAAUGCUCCUGCAAGCCUGGCUGGUCUGGGCUCUACUGCAAUGAGACAUGUUCCCCGGGAUUCUACGGUGAGUCGUGUCAGCAGAUCUGCAGCUGCCAAAAUGGUGCUGACUGCGACAGUGUGACUGGGAAAUGCACCUGUGCCCCUGGAUUUAAGGGUGCUUCUUGUGGUAGUCCUUGUCUUCCGGGAACAUAUGGAGUAAACUGUUCGUCCAUGUGCAACUGCAAAAAUGAAGCCAUCUGCUCACCAAUAGAUGGUUCUUGUGCCUGCAAAGCAGGUUGGCAUGGUGUAGAUUGCUCAGUAAACUGUCCCAGUGGUACAUGGGGACUUGGCUGUAACUUAACCUGCCAGUGUCUUAAUGGAGGGGCUUGCAAUGCUCUGGAUGGAACUUGUACCUGUGCCCCGGGCUGGAGAGGAGAAAAAUGUGAACUCCCUUGCCAGGACGGCACAUAUGGCAUAGAUUGUGCUGAGCGCUGCGACUGCAGCCACGCAGAUGGGUGUCACCCCACCACCGGGUACUGUCGCUGCCUCCCGGGAUGGUCAGGCAUUCACUGUGACAGUGUGUGUGCUGAGGGACAGUGGGGUCCAAAUUGCUCCCUGCCUUGUUACUGCAAAAAUGGAGCAUCUUGCUCUCCAGAUGAUGGAAUCUGUGAGUGUGCACCAGGAUACAGAGGCACCACUUGUCAGAGAAUUUGCUCCCCUGGGUUUUACGGCCACCGCUGCAGCCAGACUUGCCCCCAAUGUGUGCAUAGCAGUGGUCCCUGCCACCACAUCACUGGCUUGUGUGACUGCCUGCCUGGAUUUACAGGAGCCCUCUGUAAUGAAGUAUGUCCCAGUGGCAGAUUUGGCAAGAACUGCAUUGGAAUAUGCACCUGCACCAAUAAUGGAACUUGUAAUCCUAUUGACAGAUCCUGUCAGUGUUACCCUGGCUGGAUUGGUAGUGACUGCUCUCAGCCUUGUCCACCUUCCCACUGGGGACCAAACUGCAUCCACACAUGCAACUGCCACAAUGGGGCUUUCUGCAGUGCCUACGACGGGGAGUGCAAGUGUACCCCAGGGUGGACUGGUCUUUACUGUACACAGAGAUGUCCCUUGGGGUUUUUCGGGAAGGACUGUGCAUUGAUCUGCCAGUGUCAGAAUGGAGCCGACUGUGACCACAUCAGCGGGCAGUGCACAUGUCGUACGGGGUUCAUGGGCAAGCACUGCGAGCAGAAAUGUCCCCAGGGUACAUACGGGUAUGGGUGCCGUCAGAUCUGUGAUUGUCUGAACAACUCAACCUGUGACCACAUCACUGGCACGUGUUACUGCAGCCCAGGCUGGAAAGGGGCCAGGUGUGAUCAAGCUGGUGUAAUCAUUGUGGGAAACCUGAACAGUUUAAGCCGUACCAGUACUGCCAUCCCUGCUGACUCCUACCAGAUAGGGGCUAUAGCAGGCAUCAUUGUUCUUGUCCUGGUUGUGCUUUUCCUGCUAGUGCUGUUCAUCAUUUACAGACAUAAGCAGAAAGGAAAAGAAACAAAUAUGCCCACAGUGACCUACACCCCUGCUAUGAGGAUCAUGAAUGCAGAUUACACCAUUUCAGAAACCAUCCCUCACAGUAAUGGUGGAAAUGCCAACAGUCACUAUUUCUCUAACCCUAGUUAUCAUACUUUAACUCAAUGCACUACCCCACCUCAUGUAAACAACAUGGAGAGGCUGACCUUAGCAAAGGCAAAAAACAAUCAGCUGUUUGUGAACCUUAAAAAUGUGGAACCUGGAAAACGAGGUACUGCCAUGGACUACACAGGAACACUGCCAGCAGACUGGAAACAUGGUGGCUACCUCAAUGAACUUGGUGCUUUUGGACUUGAUAGGGGAUAUUUGGGGAAGUCUCUGAAAGAUCUAGUGAAGAACUCAGAAUACAAUUUAAGUAAUUGCUCAUUAAGCAGUUCUGAGAACCCCUAUGCUACUAUAAAGGACCCACCAGCUCUGGUACCAAAAAGCUCAGAAUGUGGGUAUGUUGAAAUGAAGUCACCAGCACGCAGGGACUCCCCCUAUGCUGAGAUCACCGGCUCUGCUACAACCAACAAGAACGUGUAUGAAGUUGAACCCACGGUGAGCGUUGUGCAGGGAUCAUUCAGCAGCAGAGGACAUUUCAGCCAGGAUCCUUAUGAUCUUCCAAAAAACAGCCAUAUUCCCUGUCAUUAUGACUUGCUACCAGUUCGAGACAGCCUCACAUCCUCUACAAAGGGGGUCAGCACUGAAUGACCCCAGAAGCUGGUUUGUAGAACAGUGGGACUCUCAAGGGGCAAAUUGGCAUGGUUGUGCUCCUUCCUCUAGUUUACCAUCAUAUUUGGCUCCUAAUCUGUCCAGCAAGUAUUUGCUGUACAUUAAACAGAAUCUCAACACGA